AUGGAGCAACUACAACGACAAGAGCAAUCAAAUUGUGACAUAAGUAAAAUUCCCAUAAAACCGAAAUCAUAUGAAUAUCCUUUACUUAACGAUAUAAUUAAAUGUGUUCCCAAGCCCAAUAACAACAACAACAACAAGAAAAAUAUUGGACAAACGUAUUUGACAUUGGGUGAUUUUCAGUAUUUUCAUUACGGUUGUGACGGUUAUCAAGACCAUGGUUGGGGUUGUGCAUAUCGCUCAUUGCAGUCAAUGUGCUCUUGGAUAUUGAAUAAAAAGGGACAAAGUGAAAAUGUACCAUCGAUAGAAGAAAUACAAAAAACCUUAGUGAUGUUAGGAGAUAAAAACCAAAAAUUUAUAGAUUCUCGUGAUUGGAUUGGUGCUCUCGAAGUUUGCUACGUGAUAGAUGCUUUAUAUAAUGUGCCGAGCAAAAUAAUCCAUGUAACUAAGUUAGAGAAAUUGGAAAAUCAUAUCGAAUCAUUGGCGAAGUACUUUCAAGAUAUUGGUGGUUUCGUUAUGAUGGGCGGCGAUAUGGAUGCUUCUUCUAAGGGUAUUGCAGGAAUGCACAGAGACCGAGAAAACACUUACCUGUUGAUAGUGGACCCUCAUUUCUCAGGAGUACCGACAUCUGUUCAAGAACUUAUUGAUAAAGGCUAUAUACGCUGGCGAAAUAUCAAUGAAUUUAUAGAUAAUUCCUUCUACAAUCUUUGUUUGCCUAUUUUAAGAUGA